GGAUACUUUCAUCUCACUUUCGAUCUUGCCGAGCAACAAGCACUUUGGACUACAGAAUUUCCUCAUCGAUGGACUCGAUGCUGAACAAGGCGAAAGAGGCGGCGGAGAAGUACACGGGCCACGGAGACUCGCACAAGGACGAGUCCAAGCUGCACCACAUGAAGCACGAGGCCGAGAAGAUGUACAUGAAGCAUGCCGCCAGGGACUACGCGGAGGACCACGGGUUUAUCAAGAAGAAGCACCACGAAGACGAGUCCAUUUUGGACAAGGCCAAGGAUGCUGUGAGUAAGGUCACUGGCCACGGAGAUUCACACAAGAAGAAGGAAGACGAAUCUUUCCUUGACAAGGCGAAAGAUGCUGUGGAGAAGUACACAGGCCACGGCGAUUCGCACAAGAAGAAAGAGGACGAGUCUUUCUUGGACAAGGCUAAAGAGGCUGUGGGCCAGUACACCCACAAGCACUAGAUGUUGUGUCGUGCGUAGAAUUGGACAUCUUUGAAUUGAGCUCUUUUCAUUCGACACCUAACGAGAUCUUACAGUUAAAGCAAUAGUCUAAAAGUUCUGCUGGACUGGGACACUGCUGAUGACCAAUGUUUGUCAUUCCAACUGGAAGGU